AUGGCUUCCGGUGCACCAGGUGGAAACUUCAGAAGUUGGACUCCAACGCCGCCCGAAAGAGGCGCUUUCCCUUUGGACCAUUAUGGUGAUUGUAAGAACCAGAUGAUGGAAUAUCUUAAAUGUAUGAAGUUUACCGAGAACAGAAACGCUCCAAACUGCAGAAUCCUUGCUAAGAACUACCUUCAAUGCCGUAUGGAUAACCAGCUCAUGGAGAAGUCCGAUUGGGAUACUCUUGGGUUGGUAAACCUUCCAGGCGAAACUCCAAAGGAGAGUUCAGCCAAUGACAUCAAGGAACCUAUAAAGACGGCAGAUGAUCCGCCCCAGAAACUGCCUGAAAGCAGCUCAUCUCUGUAA